AUGGAUGAUCUUGCUAAGGCCCUAGAUCUUGGAGUUGAAGAGGUUACAUCUUGGUUGGUGAAAACCAAGGAUAAUGGCAUGGUGAUUCCAAGAAAGGUGUUGGAAGCUAAGGCCUCAGACCUAUUGGCCAAGAAGGAGUGGGGGUCAUUUAAUGCGAUCUUAGCAUUAUUGGUGUAUGGGUUGGUGCUAUUUCCAAAGGUGAAUGACUCUAUUGAUAUGCCUGCCAUAGGGGUAUUCUUGGUAGGAAGUCCUGUGCAUGCUCUAUUGGCCGACUUCCACCUCUCUCUUUGUUCUAGGCAUGAAAAGAGGAGAGGGGGUACUAUCGUUUGUUGCACACCUCUGAUGCAGCUAUGGCUAUACUCCCAUUUGCCUAAAAAGGGAUUCUUCGUGGAAAAUCAAGAUCAGUUUUCGUGGCCUAACAGAAUGGUCGCACUCACUGAAAAGGACAUUGCUUGGUAUUCACGAGAAUAUGAUGGUACUAAGAUUAUUCUCCGAUGUGGUGGCUUUCCUAAUGUACCCCUCAUAGUACCAAGAGGGUGCAUUAACUACAAUCCUGUUUUGUCCCUCCGACAAUUAGGAUAUUCGAUGGAGGGUAAGCCCGAGGACCGUCAUGUGGAGGAGUUUAUUCUCAAGGAAGGGGAAAGGGAUGCUGCUUUGGUGAAUAGAAUCAAGAAGGCUUGGGGGCAAGUGUAUGAGAAAGAGAAAGAGAAAAAGAAUUGCAUUGCAAAGCCCCCGUAUACUCAGUGGGUAAAGGAAAGGGUUGCCAUGUUCAGAUUGAGGUAUCCUGUGGUAGCACGUGAGGAGCUUUCCUCACCACCACCGGUUACUACUAUCACGAUAGAGGAAGCAACAGAGCUGAAGAAUAAGGUUGUUGAGUUGGAAGGAAAAAACGAGGAAAUGGAAAACAAGUAUUUGCAAGUAGCGGAAAAGACAAAGCUUGAACAUCUCCAAAAUAAUGUUCAAAGCCUUUUGUCUGAGCAUGUAGAGGCACAUGUGAGUCAUAUCACCUCAUUGAAGGGAGAGAUUGAUAACUUGAAGUUGGAGCUUGAUUAUCGUGGAAGGGUACUAAAGCAUGUGUGGGCGGAUGCAACCGAGCUUUCAAAGAGUAAUGCCAAGUUGAGCAAAGAUUUUGUGGAGUUAACCGCUUUCUCAAAGGCGGCACUUGACGACAUUCCGGAUAAGUUGGAGGAUGCUGAAGUGGAUAUGAUGUGGCAUAAGCCUCCCAAGGGGAUCCAAGCACUUAUUGAGUAUUGUAGGGUUCUCCUAAACACCUACAAGAAAGCUAGGGAGACCGCAGGGCAACAAACGGCCAUUUGA